AUGUAUCUGUCACAUUAUUUGACAGUGCUUGUUUUGCCGUUGUACGUCGCCCAAAUAACGGUAUCAAACGAUCAGUCAAUGCAAGAAGGAAUAGAAAAUGAGGGCAAAAUAGAGACGGUGGCUAAUGACAGUGAAGCAAGCAAAAAACAGUACCAAUGUGAGGUAUGCGGUGUGCUAUUCGGACGUUCAACUACUCUGUGGAACCAUAAGAUGAUGCAUAAGGAUGAAAAAAAUUACAAUUGUGAGAUAUGCAAUAAAGCAUUCAAAUGGUCCGGCAAUCUGAAGAACCACAAAUUGACGCACGGAAACGUACGACCAUUCAAAUGUCACGUGUGCAAUAAAACAUUCAAACGGCCCCACGAUUUGAAGAAACACAAUUUGACGCACGGAAACGAACGACCAUAUAAAUGUCAUAUGUGCAGUAAAACAUUCAAAGUAUCCAGAAAUUUGAAGAGACACCAAUUAACGCACGGAAACGUACAAAAUGGCCAGUACACGGUGAGUACUAUUCGCAGCAAAAUGGAUAACGUUGUUAUAAUGGCAUUUGGUAACGAUCAUAUCUCUUUUAAAAUUCCGCAAUCGUGGCAAGAGCCAUGGAGACAAAAAGUGUUCUGUUAG